ACACUUGCAUGCCACAGCAGAGAAGCGUGACUUCCUUCAUCUCGCUGGAUAGGCUCGGCAGUUCUCUGCGAGACAGUCUCCUCCCCCAUUAGUGGAUGAGAAAGAGAGAAAAGUGCUUGUUUGUCUCACAGGAAGAAGUUGAAAACAUGAACCAAACCGACAGAUAGCAAGUAGACACAAGCGCCAUUUAGGUGGUAGGUUUGCCUCGUUUUCAGAGUUCAGCAUAAAAUGCUGUUGAUCUUUUGCGCUCGAGGUUGACAUUUUUGGAGAUAUGAGCAUAGAACUGAGGAUAUCUGUGACUCAGUAUCAGUAAAUUUGAUCUCACAUUAGGCAAACCAGCAGCAUACGGGAAAAAUCACUGCAUGUCUUUAACUUGGAUUCCAGGAAUUACCACUGAAGUUGGAGAAACAUGUCAGACCACAGGUCCAGCUUUCUUCACAUUGGAGACAUAGUUUCCCUCUACGCGGAAGGCACUGUCAAUGGCUUUAUCAGCACGUUGGGGUUGGUGGAUGACCGGUGUGUGGUCCAACCGGAUGCAGGGGACCUGGCCAAUCCCCCUAAAAAGUUCAGAGAUUGCCUGUUUAAGGUGUGCCCCAUGAACAGGUACUCAGCCCAGAAGCAGUUCCAGAAGGCCAAGACGGGCAAACAAAGCAACAACACACAAGGAGAUCUGUUUAAGAAACUGCAGAAUGCUUCGGAACUGGAGAAGAAACAGAACGAGACGGAGAACAAGAAGCUCCUCGGAGAGGUUGUUAAGUACAGCAGUGUCAUCCAGCUGCUGCACAUCAAGAGCAAUAAGUACCUGACGGUGAACAAGCGUUUGCCAGCGCUCCUGGAGAAGAAUGCCAUGCGUGUGUCGCUGGAUAACGCCGGCAAUGAGGGCUCCUGGUUCUACAUCCAGCCCUUCUGGAAGCUCCGCAGUGAGGGAGAUAAUGUGGUUGUUGGAGAUAAGGUCGUCCUGAUGCCAGUCAACGCUGGACAGCCGCUCCAUGCCAGUAACAUCGAGCUCUUGGACAACCGCGGCUGCAAGGAGGUCAAUGCCGUGAACUGCAAUACGAGCUGGAAGGUCACGCUUUUCAUGAAGUUCAGUGACUACAGAGAGGAUGUACUCAAAGGGGGGGAUGUGGUCAGGCUCUUCCAUGCUGAGCAGGAGAAGUUCCUCACAUGUGACGAGUACAAGAAGCAGCAGCAUGUCUUCCUCAGGACCACACUCCGUCAAUCAGCAACCUCUGCCACCAGCUCCAAAGCCCUCUGGGAAAUUGAGGUGGUGCACUACGACCCCUGCCGAGGAGGCGCCGGCCAGUGGAAUAGCCUGUUCCGCUUCAAGCACCUGGCCACCGGCAACUACCUGGCUGCAGAGGUGAAUCCAGAUUUUAGGGCGGACAGCAUAGACCAGAAAGGAGAGACAGAGACAGACAGUGUGUUCAAGAAGAAGGGGCAGGCUGCGGAGAAGAUCGCCUUCACCCUGGUGUCGGUGCCUCACGGCAAUGACAUCGCCUCGCUGUUUGAGCUGGACGCCACCACCUUGCAGCCGGCCGACUGCCCCGUGCCCAGGAACUCUUAUGUGCGUCUGCGUCACCUUUGUACAAACACCUGGGUGACCAGCACCGCAAUCAACAUUGAUAAGGAUGAGGAGAGACCGGUCAUGCUCAAGAUUGGCACCUGCUCCACGAAGGAGGACAAGGAAGCCUUCUCAAUCGUGUCUGUGCCGCUGUCCGAGGUCAGGGACCUGGACUUUGCCAACGAUGCCAACAAGGUGCUGGAGUCGACCGUGGGCAAGCUGGAGCACAGCAACAUCACCCAGAAUGAGAGGAGGUUUGUCAUCAACCUGCUGGAAGAUCUGAUCUUCUUUGUGUGUGACGUGCCCAAUAAUGGCCAGGAGGUGCUGUCAGUGGUCAUCUCCAACCUCAACAGAGAGCGGCAGAAACUGAUGCGGGAGCAGAAUAUACUCAAACAGAUCUUUGGCAUUCUGAAAGCUCCGUUCAGUGACAAGGGGGACGGUCCAAUGCUGAAGCUGGAGGAUCUGGGGGACCAGCGCUACGCCCAGUACAAGUACAUGCUGCGCCUUUGCUACAGGGUGCUACGCCACUCCCAGCAGGACUACCGCAAGAACCAGGAAUACAUCGCUAAGAACUUCUCCAUCAUGCAGUCCCAGAUCGGCUACGAGAUCUUGGCCGAGGACACAAUCACCGCCCUGCUGCACAACAACCGCAAGCUGCUGGAGAAGCACAUCACCGCCAAGGAGAUCGAGACCUUUGUCAACCUGCUGAGACGCAACCGUGAGCCUAGGUUCCUGGAUUACUUGUCGGAUCUGUGUGUGUCCAACAAGACGGCCAUCCCAGUCACUCAGGAGCUUAUCUGCAAGUUCGUGCUCAACCCCACCAAUGCGGACAUUCUCAUUCAGACCAAACUGAUCCCACACACAGAGACUUCUCUGGAGUCCUCUCUCAUGCAUGACGAGGGUGAUGAUGAGGAGGUGUGGCUCUACUGGAUUGACGCCAACAAGGAGCCCCAUGGCAAGUCCAUCCGCCACCUCGCCCAGGACGCCAAGGGCAACCACAAGCUGGACAUGGACGUGGUCACCUAUUACAGGUAUCAGUUGAAUCUCUUUGCUAAGAUGUGUCUGGACCGCCAAUACUUGGCCAUCAACCAGAUCAGUAGCCAGCUGCCGGUGGAGCUGAUCCUGCGCAGCAUGUUCGACGACUGCCUGCCCUACAACCUGCGCGCCUCCUUCUGCCGCCUCAUGCUGCACAUGCACGUGGACCGCGACCCCCAGGAGGCCGUGGUGCCGGUGCGCUACGCCCGCCUCUGGACCGAGAUCCCCUCCAAGACCACCAUCCACGAGUAUGAGUACGAGUUCCGGGACAUGUCUCGAGAGGAGAUGAAGAGGAAGUUUGCGCCCACCAUGGAGUUUGUGGAGGAGUACCUGAGAGACGUGGUCAGUCAGGCCUACCCGUUUGGAGACGAGGAGAAGAACGAGUUGACCCUGGAGGUGGUAAACUUGGCGCGGAACCUGGUCUACUUUGGCUUCUACAGCUUCAGUAAGCUGCUGAGCCUCACGCGCACCCUGCUGGCCAUCCUGGACAUUGUGCAGCCGCCCCUCACUUACCUGGCCAAACUCAACAAGAGCCCAGAGGGAGGGAACAAUGUUCUGCGCACCAUCCAUGGGGUUGGGGAGAUGAUGAGCCAGAUGGUUCUGCGGGGUUCCGUUCCACUCAGCCUGCCGGACUCCCCGCCGGCCUCGCGCCACGGAAUGCCCCACCAUAUCCCAGACAAUGAGGACGUCAUGGUGAUGGACACCAAGCUGAGGAUAAUCGAGAUCCUCCAGUUUAUCCUGAGUGUGCGUCUGGACUAUCGCAUCACGUACUUGCUGUCCAUCUAUAAGAAAGAGUUUGGUGACCAGAGUAUGACCGACAGCUCGAUGUCUGUGUCAGAUUACCUGCCCAUAUCAGUGUCAGAGCCAGACAUUGAUGAGAUUGUUGCAAAAGCAGAGACAAUGUUUGCUGGAAGUAAAGAGAGGAGUGCGGUGGAGCUGGACGACGAGGGUGGCCGGACCUUCCUGAGGGUCCUCAUCCACCUCAUCAUGCAGGACUACCCGCCUCUGGUGUCCGGAUCCCUGCAGCUCAUCUUCAAGCACUUCAGCCAGAGGGCAGAAGUCCUGCAGGCCUUCAGACAGGUCCAGCUGCUGGUGUCCGAGCAGGACGUGGAGAACUAUAAGCAGAUCAAGACGGACCUGGACCAGCUCCGGCUGACAGUGGAGAAGUCCGAACUCUGGGUGGAGAAGAGCGGAGGUUACGGCAGUGAGGACCUGGGAGACAGCCAGAAGCAGGAGCAGAACAUGGAGGAGGCUGGUAUCCUGAGCCCAGUGGAUAGUGGGAUCAUAAAGCCACAGAUUGACAGCAACAAAGCCAACAACUACAACAUUGUAAAGGAGAUCUUGAUAAGGCUCAGCAAGUUGUGCUAUCCUGCAAAGAAGAGUAAAGUUCAGCAACAAAGACUGCUGAAGAACAUGGGAGCCCACACUGUAGUGCUGGACCUGCUGCAGAUCCCCUAUGAGAAGAGCGAUGAAAAGAUGAAUGAGAUCAUGCAGCUGGCCCACAGCUUCUUGCAGAGCUUCAGUCGAGACAACUCCCAGAACCAGACGCUGCUCCACAAGCACCUCAAUCUCUUCCUCACACCAGGGCUCCUCGAGGCGAAGACGAUGCGCUACAUCUUCAGGAACAACUACCAUCUGUGUAACGAGAUCAGCGACCGCGUCGUGCACCACUUUGUCCACUGCAUCGAGACGCACGGGCGCCAUGUCCAGUACCUGCAGUUCCUCCAGACCAUCGUCAAGGCUGAUGGGAAAUAUGUGAAGAAGUGCCAGGACAAAGUUAUGACUGAGCUGGUGAAUGGCGGCGAGGACGUGCUGGUGUUUUACAACGACCGCGCCUCGUUCCCGGUGCUGCUGCAGAUGAUGGGCUCGGAGCGGGAGCGCUCGGACGAGGGUGGAGCGCUGGCCUACCACAACACGCUGGUGGAGCUGCUCGCCGCCUGCACCGAGGGCAAGAACGUCUACACCGAGCUCAAGUGCAACUCCCUUCUGCCGCUCGACGACAUCGUCAACGUGGUCACCCACGACGACUGCAUCCCAGAGGUGAAAAUUGCCUAUGUGAACUUUGUGAAUCACUGCUACGUGGACACUGAGGUGGAGAUGAAGGAGAUCUACACCAGCCACCACAUCUGGAAGCUCUUUGAGAACUUCCUGGUGGACAUGGCCCUGUUUUGCAACAGCGCCACAAACAGGAAGCUAGCUGAAAACGGGCCUGCACAUAUCCUGUUACAGGUGUGCAACAGUACCACGGACCGCAAGCACGCUGACCCCACGCUGGAGAAGUACGUCACCGAGACAGUCAUGGCCAUCAUCAAGGGCUUCUUCGGCUCCCAGUUCUACGUCAACAGUUCCAACCUGCAGACACACCAGCCCAUCUUCAUUCAGCUGCUGCAGUCUGCCUUCAGGGUGUACAACUGCCCAUGGCUCAACCCCGCCCAGAAAACCAACAUUGAAGGCUGCAUCAAGACCCUCGCUGACGUGGCCAAGAACCGUGCCAUUGCCAUCCCAGUGGACCUGGACAGUCAGGUGAACACGCUGUCCCUGAAGACCCAUAACAUGGUGCAGCGGGCCGCUAAAGACUGGAGGCUGUCUGCCCGCGCCCGGCCCCGCAAGGAGCCCCUUGGCUCGCCCGACUACAAGAGCAUCAUCGAGAAGCUACAGGGGGUUGUGUCGUGUCUGGAAGAGCAGUUCAGUCCGAAGGUGCAGGCUGAGUUCUCGGUGCUGGUGGAUGUGCUGCACCGUCCAGAGAUGCUCUUCCCAGAAGCGGCCAGACUGCGCUGCGAGAGCGGAGCCUUCAUGUCCAAGCUGAUCAAGCACACCAAGAAGCUGAUGGAGCAAGAGGAGAAGCUUUGCAUCAAGAUCUUGCAGACACUGCGCGCCAUGCUGGACAAAAGGGAGAGCAUGGAGGGAGUUCAGACGAGCGCGGCGACCGAGGCAGAGACAGAGGCAGCCCCAGGCAGAGGUGGCGUGCUGUGCCUGUUGGAUGCGGCGUCUCCUGUGUCUCUCUCUGUUGCCGCUCAAACGCUGCUGCUCCUGCGUGCCAUCCUCGGCGACAGCAAGUCACGGAGGUCCAGCGGAAUCCUGUUAAGUAUUUAG